CCCAGAGGGGUCAGGGUGGACAAUCGCUCAGUGACCCAGGAGCUGCCCCACUAUGGCGCACGUCCGAGGCCUGCGGCUGCCUGGCUGCCUGGCCCUGGCUGCCCUGUGUAGCCUUGUGCACAGCCAGCAUGUGUUCCUGGCCCGUCAGCAAGCGCUGUCGCUGCUCCCGCGGGCCCGGCGAGCCAACAGCGGCUUCCUGGAGGAGAUGCGCCAGGGCAACCUGGAGCGAGAGUGCAUCGAGGAAACGUGCAGCUACGAGGAGGCCUUCGAGGCUCUGGAGUCCCGCACGGACACGGAUGUGUUCUGGACCAAGUACAAAGCUUGUGAGUUGGUGAGGACGUCUCGAGAGAAGCUUGUUCCAUGUCUGGAAGGUAACUGUGCAGAGGGUUUUGGUACGAACUACCGAGGGCAUGUCAACGUCACCGCAUCAGGCAUUGAGUGCCAGCUAUGGAGGAGUCGCUACCCACAUAAGCCUGAAAUCAACUCCACCACCCAUCCCGAGGCCGACCUGCAGGAGAAUUUCUGCCGCAACCCUGACAGCAGCACCAUGGGACCUUGGUGCUACACUACGGACCCCACCGUGCGGAGGGAGGAAUGCAGCAUCCCUGUCUGUGGCGAGGAUCGAGUCACUGUAGUGAUGACUCCACACUCCAGAGGCUCCCGGGGGAAUCUGUCACCUCCAUCGGAGCAGUGUGUCCCCGAUCGGGGGCGGCAGUACCAGGGGCGCCUGGCAGUGACCACAAGUGGGCUCCCCUGCCUGGCCUGGGCCAGCCCGCAAGCCAAGGCCCUGAGCAAGAACCAGGACUUCAGCUCAGACGUGCAGCUGGUGGAGAACUUCUGCCGCAACCCAGACGGGGAUGAGGAGGGCGCGUGGUGUUAUGUGGCCGGGAGGCCUGGCGACUUUGAGUACUGUGACCUCAACUAUUGUGAGGACGUGGUGGAUGAGGAGCCAGGAGAUGCGCUGGGUGAGGACCCAGAGGGGGCCAUCAGAGGGCGCACCUCCACUGUUGAGUACCAGGCUUUCUUCGAUCCGAGGACCUUCGGCUUGGGGGAGGCAGACUGUGGGCUGCGACCUCUGUUUGAGAAGAAGUUUCUGGAGGACAAAACUGAAAAAGAGCUCUUGGGAUCCUACAUCGGCGGACGCAUUGUCGAGGGCUGGGAUGCAGAGAUCGGCCUCUCACCUUGGCAGGUGAUGCUGUUCCGGAAGGCUCCCCAGGAGCUGCUGUGUGGGGCCAGCCUCAUCAGUGACCGCUGGGUCCUCACCGCUGCCCACUGCCUCCUGUACCCGCCCUGGGACAAGAACUUCACUGAGAAUGACCUUCUGGUGCGCAUUGGCAAGCACGCCCGCACCAGGUACGAGCGCAACAUAGAAAAGAUAUCCAUGCUGGAAAAGAUCUACAUCCACCCCAGGUACAAUUGGCGGGAGAACCUGGACCGGGACAUCGCCCUGCUGAGGCUAAAGAAGCCCAUCACCUUCAGUGACUACAUUCACCCCGUGUGCCUGCCCGACAGAGAGACGGCAGCCAGCUUGCUCCAGGUUGGAUACAAGGGGCGGGUGACUGGCUGGGGCAACCUGAUGGAGACGUGGACAUCCAGUCAUAAGGUGCUGCCCAGCGUCCUGCAGGUGGUUAAUCUGCCCAUCGUGGAGCGGCCGGUCUGCAAGGCCUCCACCCGGAUCCGCGUCACUGACAACAUGUUCUGUGCCGGUUACAAGCCUGAUGAAGCGAAACGAGGGGAUGCCUGUGAAGGCGACAGCGGGGGACCCUUUGUCAUGAAGAACCCCUCUAACAACCGCUGGUAUCAAAUGGGCAUCGUCUCAUGGGGUGAAGGCUGCGACCGGGAUGGGAAAUAUGGCUUCUACACACACGUGUUCCGUCUGAAGAAGUGGAUAAAGAAGGUCAUUGAUCAGUUUGGAGAAUAGGGGGCCACUCAUAUUCUGGGCUCUUGGAAGCAAUCCAGUGAAUUAUUUUUGUGUUUCUAAAAUUAUGGUUCCCAAUAAAAGUGACUCUCAACGAGC